AUGAGCAUGAUAAUGUUCGAAUGUGGGCACACAAGCCAAGCUGGCACUGGUCAAGCACCUAAAGAUGGAAAUCUAAGGGAAAGUGACACGAGUGAUUAUUUGAUAGGACAUGACCCGAGUGAUGCAAGAAGAAAUUGUAGUAAGACCCAACUAGGAAAAAUACAGCCUGCAAUCUUAGAGCGGGUGGAAUCGUCUCUUAGAGAGAUUGGUGUGGGCUUUGCUGCCUUUGGAGUCACCUUCAUCUUCUUAGGUGUCAUUCUUUUCUUUGAUAAAGGACUCUUGGCCAUUGGUAAUAUUCUUUUUCUUGCUGGUCUUGCAUUUGUGGCUGGUCUGGAGCGAACAUUCCGUUUCUUCUUUCAACGACACAAGUGGAAAGGUUCAGGGGCUUUCUUCGGAGGGAUUCUAAUUGUCCUUGUUGGCUGGCCAUUGAUUGGCAUGUGCAUUGAAAUGUAUGGUUUUGUCCUAUUAUUCAGCGGAUUCUUCCCAGUAGCUGUUAACUUCUUGCGUCGUAUGCCAGUCAUUGGAACGAUUCUUAACCUUCCUUUCCUCAGUGGAUUUGUUGAUAGAUUUGCAGGAGACUCUAAAAUGAAUGUUUGACAAGAAAAAAAUUGUUGAAAACUUUCAUAUGUAGGAUAAAGGAAUGUGUCGGCUCAUGGCUAUGGACAACAGGAAUGUUAGUCAUAUUGCCAGAAGAGAAUAGUUUCAGAUGAAAAUGAAAAGGAACCAAACAUGUCACAAACUAGAUACUUCCUAGCUCAUAGGACUACAUGUGACUGAAAGUUUCAGGAGUGUCAUCCUCCCCUUGUAAGCAACGGUGGAACACUGGAUUUCGGCCAUAAUCCAUUCCAGAAGGUCGGCCUAAAUCCGAAAUGGCCUAAAACCGAAGCAAUAUUUCCCAUAAGAAAUAACGUAAAUACAAUUAAUCCGUUCCAGACGCCCAAAAAUACUAUUAACAAAAAACACAUUUUUUAAAGAUUAACUAUAGUUUUACAUAUACAAAACAAUGAGAACUAAAUGAAAUGACCAAUGAAAUGGAUAAAUGAACAGUUAAAUCAUUAUUACAUACCUUUAUUGAAGACUUGGAGUAUGGAAGACAGGAAGGAGGAGAGGUUAUCUCCACCACAAUCAUUACCACCCUCUACCUUUGUCCUUAAUCACUGAAGAAGACACAUUCUUCCCUCUCUCUUCCUCCUCCUCCUCCUCCUCCUCCUCCUCCUCCUCCUCUGAAGCAUUUUCCUCAGCUGUGUUCUGUUGCUGUUGCAGGUGAAGGUCUUGCAGCUCUUCAGUGGUUAGCUCUUCCCUGUGGUCCUCCACCAACUCUUUCAUAUCCUGGCCACUCAUAUCCAACCCCAUGGACUUCCCCAAAGCCACAAUAGAUUCCACAACAGGCAUGUUUCUCACUUUCUUUACCAAAGGGCUGGCACUAGGAACCUUCUUUGGGCCCAUGGUGGCUUAUUUCAGUCACAAUCAAUAAACAAGCACAAAAAUUGCAAAAUGCUCUGGAUGAAUGCUCUCUCUCAACCAGUGACAAAGCCAGACUGACGGCAUCCCCAGGCAGACGGACGUCUCCAAUACAUCCGAUUUCCGAAUCACCAGCUAAAAUCCAGGGCAAAAAUUUUGGCCAAAAAGCAACCGAUUUCCGAUCCGGCCGAUAUCCGCAGCAGCCGAAAUCCAGGGUUCCACUGUAUUUGCCUGAAGUUGUGUUAACAUUGUGGUAAGCAGCUCACAGUAGUGACCAUAAAUCUCAUUUUGUGUUAAAAAUAUGAAACAUAAUGUAUACAUUAGUAUAUUCCAGAUAAAAUAGCUUUACAGAGGAGUCAUUCAGUGCUGGUUCUCACCCGACCAUCUCAAAUUUACCUGAAAUUUUACUCAUAUGCAUAUACGCCUGUAUAUGCAAGGUAGGGGUCAUCCUUGAAAAGGUUGGAGGGGGAGGUAAAGGAGGUUUUGUGGGUGAGGGGCUUGGACUUCCAGCAAGCUUAUGUGAGCAUGUUAAAUAGGAGUGAAUGGAGAUGAAUGGUUUUUGGGACCUGACAAGCUGUUGGAGUGUGGGCAGGAUAUUUUGUGAAGGGAUUCAGGGAAACCAGUUAGCCGGACUUGAGUCCUAGAAGUGGAAGUACAAUGCCUGCACUUUAAAGGAGGGGUUUGGGAUAUUGGUGGUUUGAAGGGACAUCUGAACUGUCAUAUCUUAGUACCUUUGCAAAGACAGUGAUUAUGUAUGAGUGAUGGUGAAAGUGUUGAAUGAUGGUGAAAGUUUUUUCUUUUUGGGUCACCCUGCCUCUGUGGGAAAUGGCUGACAUGUUAAAAAAAAAAGUCUUUGAUGAGUGCGAUCAUGGUGUAAUGGCACACAAAAUAUAUUGUAAUAGAAUAACAGGUAAAGUGGGUAGAUUGAUUUACAACUUUCUUACAGAUAGAACACACAGCAAUAGUAAAUAGAGUAAAGUCAGAGGCAGGUAUAGUGAAAAGUUCUGUUCCACAAAGUACAGUAGUCACUUCCAUCCAUUUCUUCAUCCUCAUAUCUGACGUAGACAGAUGUAAGCCACAGCACCAUGUGCUACUUUUCUGAUACCAAAAUUUGCAGUGUCAUCCAUUGAGGACACUGCAAAUAUCCAAGCAGACACUGACCAAGUCUUUAAAUGGGCCUCAAAAAACAACAUGAAGUUUAAUAAAGACAAAUUUUAAUUAGUUCUGCUAUGGAAAACUCAAGGAAUUAAAAAUGGAUCAGAGUAUAAAACAAAUUCCAACCACACAACAAAGUGAAAAAUUAUUGUGAAGGACCAGAGUAAGAUAAUGUCAGAAUCUCACUUUCAAAGAUCACAACACUGUUGCUACCACAUUUGCUAGGAAAAUGAUGGGAUGAAUAAUGAGAACCUUCAAAACUAGGAAUGCCAAGCCAAUGAUGAUCCUCUUCAAAUUGCUUGUUCUUUCUAGGCUGGAGUACUACUGUAUAUUACUGGCCCCUUUCAAGGCAGGCAAAACUGCAGAUCUGUAGAAUAUACAGAAUAUAUACAAGUUGAAUCUCCAACUGUUUGCAAUAUAUUCCUUAGGUAUUAAAAUCUCAUUUUUUGAAUGGUCAGAGGUUUUAUUAUUUUGUCAAAAAUGUACAAUAUCAAAAGUUAACAUUGCUGGUGUCUCUUAACAUUAAUAAUAUUGUGGUGGUUUAGAGGCCCAAUACUUCCUGGCUGGACUUUCACUGAGAAGCUGGCGAUGGUUUUUAAUUUUAUUUAUAGUAGUCUAGUGUAUAAUCAGUCUACCACCUGCUUGUUGCCAAACCCCAAAUUACUCUCAUAUAUCUAGCCAGUUGUUAUUCACUAAUUUUUGCAAGAGAGCCACUUCUGUUAAACACAUCGAUUGAGAGAGCCGCAGCUACUGCAAGUUAGCGUAACUCAACUAAAUUAAGUAGUACUGAGCUACUAAUGAAAUAUAGUAAAUGAGAAAAAUUAGACAUGGUAAUAUUAGCCUGCAUAUCUUGUUAUUGGCGGCUCGCGAGCCGCGCAAUGAAUACCACUGAAAUUUUAGCCAGAUGAUUGAUACACCUUGCUGUCUCCCUCAGUCUGAGGUGAUUUAAACCUCAGACUGCAUUUUCUUAUACUAUUUCAUUCCUAUACUGAGUUACCAGAUUGCCCUUGCUGAGAAACUAGUCUGUGAAUAAAAAAUGGAGUUGAUAAAAAUUCUGCAUUCUUUAUCAGAAUGUUAGAAAACAGUAUUAUGGUAUACAACAAGAUUUCCACUGGGUUUAAGGCCACCAAUUUAGUGCAUUUGUUUGAUUCAGAGUGGUUUGAUAAAUUUCAAACUGCAGAUGGUAAGAUCUUACAUUGUUUGUAUACUAGCACUAUAGUUUACUACUUCAGUAGCAAUCUCCACAAUUUGAGCUUUUGUAUAGCAUAAGUAAAUGCUUAAUAACUACUGUAGCCCAUUUUUUCCCCAUUAUAUAUGCAAAUAGGUUAAUUAAUGUAGAUUGUAUGGUGCUAUUCUCAUUCGUGUUUUUCAUGGAAACACGUUUUCAUGAAUUAAGUUUGCUUUGACUUUUUUUUUGUGUAAUGAUAAGGAAAGUUUUGAUUUUGGAUCCAUUAAUCUGGGGAUAAGAGUGUAUAUUAAAAAGUCUAAAAGGUCUUUUUUAUAAAAGGUUUGUUUGUAUAGGGAUUGAGUGGAAUGUCAUUGAAUAGACACUCUUUGAGAUUAUGUACAUUAUGUAUUUUUCAGCCAUACUGCUAGUGUACAAAGGAUAACCUGUUCAGGAAUAGAUAGUAUGUUUGACCAGUUGCACAUUUAUGUAAACAAAAAUAUUUGAUACUGAAAUAUACGUGCAAUAGGACUUAAAUAUUUUUACUCUUAAUACAAUAAUAGUUUUGAGUACUGUAAAUUGUAAAGACUUUGUUUAUAUCCUUUACUGAUACUGCAAAAUGAUGUAAAGGCUGUCGAUAUAGAAAUCUUAUAUAUACUGAAUGUCACCACUCAGUGUUCUUGUACAAAUAAAAUUAUACCCUGAAAUUAAAUACAGUAUAGUGUCAUUUUAAA